AUGCCUCUGGAUACGAUCUAUCUCACUCGCCAUGGGCACCGUCUCAAUUGGACAAUCGAUCUCCGAACCGGCACCUACAAAUCGCAGUUCCCAACGCCAACAGGAAAUCCGGCGGACCCGGCGCUGACAUCGUACGGCAUACGUCAGUCGCACGAACUUGGGAGACAUAUCAAUAGUGCGGGGUUUCAUCCGAAGCCUUUUCGGGUGUACUCUAGCCCGUUCUAUCGGUGCUUGCAGACGAUUCAGCCAUCUGUGGAGGAAUUGAAGAAGAAUCAUGCUUCAAUUGGUUUAGAUGACCAGUCCAAUCAUACUGAGAAGGGGCAUAUAGACCCAGCUUCAAACUAUGAUGUGCGCAUAGAGAAUGGUCUCGGAGAAUGGUUCGGCCCAACAACAUUCUUCAAACACCCACCCCACCCAACCGUCGAAGAAAUGCACCAGCACUUCCCCUCCCUCGUCCCUUCAUCCACCCAAAGAACCUAUACCCCCAUCCUCCACCCAUCCCGCCGCGGAGAAACAAUCCUAGAACUCCAUAACCGCGUCGCAACAGCCCUAGCCGGUAUAAUCACCGACGUAGACGCCGAGAUAACAGCUCUAGAAGCUGAAAUCCCACCCGAGCACCGAACAAGCAAAUCAGUCCUAAUCUGCGCCCAUGCCGCAUCACUUAUUGCAAUGGGCCGAGUAUUAACUGGUAAAAUGCCCGAUGAUUCGUCCGAGGAAGACUUUUUUGUAUUCACGGCUAGCAUGAGUACGUUUCGGCGACGGGGGACUAAAAAGGAUAUUGUUGAGUCGGGGGGUGUGUUGGCUGAGGAGACGAAGCUUUUGAGAGCGGAGGGUGUCCCUAUGUGGAUUGGGGAUGGAGUUGGGGGUGGGUGGGAUUGUUUGAAGAAUGGGGAUUCUAGUUUUUUGAGUGGAGGGGCUGAGCGUGGAUGGCAUUUCAAUGGAGAGGAGUCGUUCGAUACUGGACCUAUGGCACCACCGUCGGAGCCACCUACUGGCGCUUCACUCGGAACUAAGCUUUAA